AUGCUUUGGAAUAAUUCACAAAAUGAAGUUAAUGGAUUAUUCUAUAAAGUUGAUAAUGAUAAUUCAAUUUUAUCAUUGAAAUUAUCUAAUUCAUUAAUUGAUGAUUGGUUUGAAGGAAAAAAACGUGAACUUGAAUUAUUCAUUUGUUUAGAUGUUUCUGGAUCAAUGGCUGGAUCGGGGAUCACUCAAGCAAAACAAGCAAUCUUACACUUGAUUGAAUCAUUAAUUGCACACAACAGCAUUGAAGAAAAAGAUAUCACAUGCAUGUUUUUUCAAUCGACUUGUGAUGUGAAAAGAUUUGCUGAUGAUCCCAAUUUACUUUGGGACAAUGGAAAAAUCAAAGAAUAUUUUAAUACAAUAAAUGCUUAUGGAGGAACAAAUUUUAUUUCAGUAUUUGAAAAAAUCUCUGAAAAUAUUAAAUAUGUUGAAAAAGAUUUAGCAAUUAUUUUUUUUACUGAUGGUCAAAAUAACGUUAAAAUAAAUUUUGAUCAAAUGAAAAAAGAGUUACAUGUUGGAUUAUCUUCAACUGGUCAUGCUACUGAGAUUCAUACUAUUGGUUUUACUGCUGAUCAUGAUGCUGCACUUCUUUCUUGGCUGACUAAUUUGGGCACCAAACAAGGCAACUUCCAAUAUGUGAAAUCAUCAAUUGAUAUACAAGGUACUAUGGAAACAACUGUUGGACUAUUAGAAUUAGGCGAACGUCUAUUAUAUGUGAAUAUUGGACCUGAUAAAAUAUUACCAAUUAAUAUUGGUGAUGAUGGUAAUGGAACAAUUAUAUUAAAAGGAGAAUCUUCAAAGCUUGAUGAAACAACUCCAAUUUAUCUUUUAAAGGAAGAAUCUUAUUUAUCAAAUGGUGCUGAAAGCAAUAAUAAUAACAACAACAAUAAAAUUAGAGCGCCAUUAAAACAGAUACAACCCGAUGAGCCUAUAGUAACAUCACUCAUAAUUACUUUUAUUCAAUCAGAAAUUACAAAAUUAACUGAUCAAAUUAUAAAUCUCAAUGUUGACAAUAGAAGAGAAUUGCUCGAUAAAAUAUCUCAACAAAUUUCUGUUCAUGAUGAACAUUUGAAUAAUAUGAUGGCAAAUGCUUAUAAAAUUAAAACACUUGGUCGUAAAUUGACUAUACAGCAAUGUUUAGAGACAAAAUCAAUGGUACAUCAUUUCAAAAAUCUUUUAGCAGAGGCUUUAAAAGGAACUUUGACAAAUGAAAAAAUAGCCAAUUUUAAUAAUCUAGCUUACAAUAAUAUAACCAAGAAUAGAUUGAAGAAAAAAAUGAAUGAUAGAGCUGUUAAAAAUAUCAAAACACUAGAAGAUAUUGAAAAAAAAAUUGAAGAUGCUGUUAGAAAAUUGGAUUUUAAAAAAUUGGAAGAUGGUGAAACUGAAGAAAAUCUAAAGACACUAACUUGUGCUCUUACUACAGACAAUUAUAUCGAGUCAUUAAAGUGUGGAGAGUGUAUGUGUUUAGCUCUUGAUGUAACAAGACCACAAUCUGCAAUAGCUGAUCCAUCAAAAAUAAAAAUCAAAAAGAUAAAUCAAUCAUUUUUAAGUUCUGAAGCAUUUUUAACAUCAGUGGAAUAUGCUUUAGGUGAAUCGAUUGAUUCAGAAAGUGUUCAUGGUGGUUUUCAAUCUAACAUUUUGGGUGCAAAUGUUGUAAAAGGAUUAGCCAAUGAGAAUAUAACAGGAAUACUUCCAUUAUAUAUUAAUGAAUAUCAUUGGUCAGUUGCAAAAGAAAAAAUAAAGCCAAUAAUGGGAUAUAUAACAACUCUUGAUGUUUUUGGUUAUGCAUAUGAUCAAGUCACUACAGUUCCAUUCCUAGUACUGGCAAAAUCACUUACUGAUACAUCAACAGAUUUUCAUCGAAAACAAUUUAAGUUGAUUCUGGAUACAUGUGAUGCAAUUUACAAACAAUCUCAAAUGUUACGUGAACAAAAUAAAACUUUAUUUGAAAACUAUAUGAAAUCACCAAUAAAUCGUACAAUUGAUCAGGUUGCAAAUAAUUUAGUAUAUCUUGGACAUUUAUUAUGUGCUGUUAGGUGUGGAGAUGUCAACAAACAUGAUCUGAAUAAUUGGAUACAAAAAGGAAUGUUUACAUAUAUAAUUGAAGAAACUAUUCGUAGACGUCUUAACAAAUAUGAGAAGGUUGAAGAAAUGAUGAAUAAUGUUUCAAAAGUUUUAGGAAUUAAUUCGAAGACUUUUAUUGAUGAUCCUAUUAAUGAAUACGAAAGACUUUAUUCUGAAUAUGACAAGAAGUCAAGACUAACUGAUAAUUCAGAAAAUGUUAAAUACAAGGAAGCAUUUAAAAAUGCAUUGAAAAUAUUUAAAGGUGCUACUGCUGUUGUUGAUGAUGACUAUCAGAAAAGUUUAGAACAAGAUAACAAUAAUAAAGAAACAAAAGAUGAGGUUAUUGCUCCUACGGUUCAAACAAAGUUAUUUGAUCCUGAUAAUCAUCGAUUACCAGAACCAGCAACAACUUUAAUAAUUGAAUUUUCGUUUAAAUCCAACCAAACACCAUUAACAGAUUCAUUUUUUGACCAAUACACUUCCAAAACAUUAUUAGCAACAUUUUAUCAAUCAUUUUUACAUCAACAAAAUUCUGUUAGGCGUCAAGAAAUAGAGUCAGACCCCAUUAAAUUUUUUGAGCCAUUUUCUGAAAAAGACUCAACUACAAUAUUGCAAACAUAUUUUGAUGAAUAUGUUACCGAAACAUUAAAUAAAAAAGUUGUUGAUGUAAUUAACAAGUAUUCUGAUUUGCAAAACCAUAAGCUAAUGUUAACUUUUUGUGAUAUUGAAAAUGUCGAGGAGGCAGCUGGUCUUUUACUUUCGGAUGUUAAGUUCCGUGGUUCAAAGAUGUUUGGACAAAUUAUUAAGGCAUUACAAAUGCCAAAUUUGAAAUUGGUUGAUGAAAAAAUUCAAAUGGUUGUAAUUGGCAAGUGGAAUGAUAUAGUUCUUUUCUAUGAUAAAAGUAAAAAAGAUGGCGCGAGAAAAGAUCCAGCUUGGAUUCCAUCUAAAAAAAAUAUUCAUCGUACACUUAAAGCUCAGAGAAAAAUUUUACCAAAUAUGGAAUAUUGGAUUAAAUUAUUUCCAACAUACAAAACCUAUAUUGAGAAACAAUACGACGAAGAAUACCUAAAAAGAAAAUGGUUAGAAGGCAUUGAAAAAAUGAAAAAGAAGAAGUUGGAAAAAAGUUCUUAA